UGUCAUAUGAGCCCAGUAGCAGAGAAACGCACCAGAGCCGAACAUCUAAUGGGUCAAUCUCAGCGAGUUUACUGACUGGAUCCUGUGUAUGUGUGUGUGUGUGUGUGUGUGGCUACAGCUUCUGGACUGAGUGAUUGCCCCGCUGCGAUACACACUUGGUAACGCAGAGUCACCUGAAGAGUUUUUUUUUCUUUUUCUAGAAGUGAAGUGAAGACGCGCAGCGAUGACAGCCGAGUUUGCUUUUCUUCGAAGUGACUGAGAGCCGCAUCUCGCUGCGCCGCAUCCGAUCUGACUGACUGAGCCUUGUGUGAGGAUGCAAAGGCGACCCAGGAUGAAUCCCGCUGUCAUAGCAGUGUUGCUUGUUGUGGCUGGGGCUCUGGCCAAUCAGGAGGAUUGUUUGUCGGGCCAGUAUACAACCAGUGGUGAAUGCUGUGAGCAGUGCCAGCCCGGUGAGGGCGUCAUCAAACCAUGUGGAGCCACACAGACUGUCUGUGCACCCUGCCUUGACAGUGAAACCUUCUCAGAAAACUUCAGUCACACAGAGAAAUGUCAGCCCUGCACAGUCUGCACAGGUCUACUCCGCAUGAAGGCGCCCUGCACAGACUCCAACGACGCCACCUGUGUGUGCAACUAUAACUACUACAUGGAUGAACUCUCUCAACGGUGUGAACCCUGCACCAAAUGUCCUUUGGGCCAGGGCAUGCUGCUGAGCUGCGAGUUUGACCAUGACACGGUGUGUGAGGAGUGCACCGUGGACACGUACUCGGACCAGGAAAGUUCUCGGGAGCCCUGCAUCCCCUGCACCACCUGUGAUGAUGGGGAAAUGUUAACGCCCUGCACACCUAUCUCUGAUACAGUUUGUCAAGCUCCCACAGUUUACGAUGAUUCAGUGUCUCCCACAAACUAUACAAGCAACUUCACGCCCGUGUAUGGAGAAUAUGAUGAAACAGACGACCUCCCACCAAGUACUCCAGACACCACCACCACCGUCACUAAUGGUGAUUCCAAAGAGCCAAUCCACCAUCUGAAUGACAAACUCAUCCCCAUUUACUGCUCCAUCCUGGCUGCUGUUGUGGUCGGCCUGGUGGCCUUCAUCAUCUUCAAGAGGUGGAACAGCUGCAAGCAGAACAAGCAAGGCGCCAACAACUGCACAGCCAACCAGAACCAGACGCCGUCACCUGAGGGCGAGAAGCUGCACAGUGACAGCGGCAUUUCUGUGGACAGCCAAAGUCUGCAGGAGCAGCAGGGCCAGACUCAGGCACAGACAGUCGUCACCAUGGAUGAAGAGCCUUGUUUGCUCCUUCCUCUCCACACCAGAGAGAAAGUAGAGAAGCUGCUGUACAUGGGCAGUGAAGGAGACGACUGCAACCACAUGGAAGACAGUGACUGGUGCAACCUGGCGGGCCUUCUGGGAUACGAGGAGGAGCGAAUCGCCACCUUCCGGCAGGAAGAGCAUCCUGUCCGCGCGCUCCUGUCUGACUGGGCGAGCAAGGACUGCGCCAGCAUUGACACGCUGUGCACGGCACUGCGCAAGAUCAACCGUGACGACAUCGCCCAGAGUCUGGUGCUGAGCCCGAGUACUGUAAAGCCCACCGCCACUUCUGUAGUGUGAUUUAAGCUUAACAGUGAGCAAACCACCUGAACCUUAAUCUUAAUAUUCCUCCAUGGCCUCCCUCUCACCAUAAUUCAUGCCACAACCGCUGUAAGCUAUUCCCUCCUGAAGCCAGCAGUCAAAUCUCAACAAUUGUUUUAUGUUUAAUGAAAGGAUGAGACAGGGAGAUUCCAGAAAUUAGACAAAAACUGAAUUAUCACCAUACCUAAUCAAGCCAAAAUCCUUCACAUAGCCAUCAGGAUGUCCUCAUAAUAGUUCAUUCUCACAUUUUAAAAUCAACACAGUGUAAGGCCUAUGUGGAAGGAAAUUGUCUAUAAUCAUUCCAUAUGUGUGCCUGGAUAUCCACCUGCUUUUCCACACCACCACGGAGCAGCAGUGGGCUUUUUAGACUGAAUUCAGUGUGGAUACCUGGCUCUUUCAUUCCUACAACUCCGAUCCUCUGCGUCUUUACUCACUGUCAGUUUGUCCCUUACUUAUAACAUUCAAAAGCCAGUGUUGUAUCUUUAAAUGUUACUUUACAAAUCUAUGCUACCAAAGGGAAGUAAACGUCUGGAGACCAUACCUGACAAGCAACAUUAUUUACAUGCCAUGCUAGAUUUUUUGAAUUUAAGUUGUCAAAUGGCUCGUGUCUGUUACUGUUGCCUGAUGUGGCCUGCAUACCACAGAGGAUCCGGACCUUUGCAAAAUAUGACAACCUGAGGAAGGAUGCUUGGAUGCUUUUCAAAUGAACCUGUUCUCCUUCAGCAAAAACAAAAGUCCAGCUAUUUACUCUUAUUUUAAAUACAUGUAUUACUUUCAAGACAUUGAGCUGCAGCACACAUGGAAGUAAUCAGCGGUUCUUGCAGACUCUUCCUUUUUCCGACAAGUGCUAUCAGAGCCACUGGCUGGACUUUGUCAACUAGGUGGUCUGCGGGGCAGGUCGUUGACCGAGGCAACAUGAGACACUGCUCUAUGUGCUCGGGCCUAUCUGCAUAACACAGGAGCCCCCACACAGACUCCUUCAUACUGACCCAGAAAAGGGAAGGACAUGGAAUUCAAACCUUGAGUCACCACGUGUAUACUGUAUGUACAUAGGCAGACACCAUGCACAUACCAUGCAUACAUACACACACGCAGUCAUACAGUAUGUAACCAUGCAUGCAUGUACAAUACAAACACACACGCACACAGAUCAUGUAUACAUUUACAUUCUUAAUCAUUGUAGAGGACGGAGAACUUCAGAUCCUGCCAUAUACUGUGUGGAACACUCUCAUGAGCGGACCAUGUACGGAUGCAGCCACCUAGAAUUUCCUCUCACAUCCGAUGGACUUUCGGCUGCUAGUCAGUUACCAGUCAACUCCCAGCCAUAUAAUCAUCAUACAUGCUCUGUCUGGGGGGAAAACUCUCUCAUAUACAUCAAAUAUAAUAAGAACAGCUAAUUUCAGGCACAGUAGAUCGCUUCAGCUUCCAUAAUCACUAUCAUAAUCUGUCUGGUAAAUAUACAACUGGUCUUGCUUAGGGGUGUUACGAGUUGGCCUCAUGUUCACUACAACAUUGAAGGGAAUUUCAUUCCAGCCAAGGACCUGGAAAGGUCCCAGCGGGGAUCCACGACGGACCUGCCUGGGCCGUAUCACUGAGUAAUGGGAAAUUCUAGGUGGCUGCAUCUGUAUUGUUUAAUCUCAUUAUUAGUAGCCAAUUUAAGGUAACUCUGUGACUUUAGAAACUGUGUCUAAAAUCUAUAUAAUUUGCCGUGUGUGCUAUAGAUGGUGAAAUGCUACCUUAACCGUAAAAAGCAUGCAGGAACUAGCAAAUCACUGUCAGCCAGCGCACAAAUUCCAACCAAAAAAAACACACAGAACAAUCAGGAUGCAAAACAAAAACCCAGGGUUUUCUACCUUGUUUGCUUUAUUUCUCAGGGUAUCUUGAAAGAUUGUGUUACUACAUCGAUAUUACACUUUUUGCACCCUCGAUAGACACUGUGUUUAUCCACGACAGGGAUUCUUGCGACUGACAAUCCUUCAAACAGGUGAAUAAGCGAGGGGAAACCUGCCAGAGAGGAAAGAAAAAGGGUGUCUUGUUUCCUCAUUGUUUGCAACAAUGACCCCUGGAUAAAAGGCAAGUCAGUGGAGACAUAAGUCAAAGGAUGUGGGAUGAUCAGACAGAGGGAAAGCGGAAAAGUUUCGGAUUACUUCAAUGUAAAGGUGAAACCCAGGAUUCAGCGUUUGCAUUAAUCAGCUUGUUUAAGUAUAAGCAUGCAUUACUCUGCUCAUUGAACAUCGUGCUGUGUUGCACCGAUUUGGUCUGAAUUUGUCAAAGCAUACUUUAUGUACUCUGCUGCCAACUGAGGAACCCUAACACCGAUUUGUUUUCUUUCUUUCUGGAGAAAGUAUUUGAAGGAGCAAAAAGUUUACUGUGCUAAACGUAUGUAUAUCACCAACUUCAUCUGUUACGUUCAGGUACAGAUUGUACAUUGUUACUAACCACUAGCAUACUGAGCUUCAUGCUGUAGUAUUACUUUAAAUGAAGGUAUUCUCACUAAAGGUUGUAUUUUAAUGCCCACAUAACAACUGUAAAUGGUAUUAUGUUAUUGUCCUAUAUUCUUAAAUGUGUCAUUAUGUCUGAUUUGCAUCACAAGUGCCUGGGAACUAUUUCAGGUGUCCGCUGAUGUUGUACAUUUGUUGUUUUUAGCUGUUUUUUGUAAGUAUAUUUCCAUUAGUUGUCAUUUUUUAGCCUGUAAAUAAUUUGUCUUUUUCUAGUUUUUAUUUUAGUUAAAGCCAAGACAGCUCUAUGGUACAAUAUCUAUGUGAAUGGGGCUUUGUUACGAUAUCAAUGCUAUGCUAGUUUAAAAGGGUAAGAAGGGCAAAAGGAAGGUCGAUUCCAUUGUGAGGUACUUUCAACAAAUUACUCACCAUCAGGUGUAUUCAUGCAGUGCGUCAUUCAAGGGACACUUACGUACUUUUUUAACCUGGACCCUAUUUUCCCAUGUUUUAUGUCUAAUUGACAAAUGGGAGCAACUGUUUUUGAAAUUGGUUCAGUAUUGAGAGAGAUUGUUGCAACCAGUACUGUAGCUGUAAAACUGGCAGCAAUGUAAUCUUCGGUGAACCAUCAAUGUACGUCCACUAAAAGUGCUUGUUUUUGUUACUGACACUCUCAGAUUUAUAAAACAUUUUUCUUUACCUUUUGCUUAAUCCAGUCAGUUUGUGAUUGUGUCCAAUCAAGUUUCACUCAAGGAGAAGUCUCCUACUGAUGUCAUGCUAGCUCAGUUGUUUCAGGAAGACAAUGCAGACAGAGUGGAUCAAGAGGUAAAGAAAAACGCUUCAUUUUUCUAUAGGUUGUACUGUAUACAUGCAGUUAUAUGGUUACACAUACUACAUAAUGCUGUUAGACACAUAUACAGCCACAUAUAAUAAUCUGAGCAUAUCAGUGGUAAAAACAAGCACUUUAGAGGACAUAAAUUAAUGGCAUGCUACUCUCCCGAAGAUCACAUUGCGGCCUUUGUUGCAGCAGAGGCACUCUAGCUCAAUACAAGACGAAUUCCAAAAAUACUGUUCCCAUUAGCCACAAAAGCAUAGGAAAAUAGAGUCCAGGUUGAAAACACGUUUCCCUCUUAGACUGGACAUGGAUAGGGAACAUACAUUUAAAAUACGCUAAAGGCUAAUCAGAAAUGAAAAGGCUCUCAACCUUGGAAAGCACAACCUGCCACCAAACUGUACAACACUGUAAUACACUGAGAUUUGAGCACCAAGUACAGUAAGUCAGUCAUUUUGAAGUAUGAAAUUUUGGAUAAUAUGCCCAUUAACUUUCUUGCUGAGAGUUAGAUGAGACGAUAUAGACUAUAUAAUGACAUGACACCUCCCUGAAAGUGAAGCCAAAACAUCUCGAUCGCCCUCUGGUGGCUGGCUGCAGUAUAGGUCAUAAACCCCGCCCCCUGUCAUGUUUGCAAAUGGGACAUGGGCCAGACUAAAAAAUUAUAAUAAACAUCCAAUACGUUUUUCCCAAGGAUGAUGGUUUCUGGAAUUUUAGGUAGUUCUUAUCAUGCUGCUGUAUGUUCAAGUGUUUUUAUGCUAAGUUUGGUGUUAAUAAUUUAUUUGAUGCUUUAAAAUGGGGGGUUGGUGUCAUUCCAAUCUAUGGAGCUGCUGACAAUUAGGUUGGAAGGCGGGAACUUGAUACAGCAGAGAUUGCUAAUGCAUAGACCCUGGCUCCAAAUGAUGUCACUAGGGCAAGAUGGCAGCGCCAGUAUCUGGGAUAUUUUGGCUUCACUUUUGUACAGUGGGAGGAGGAGGCCUUGUCUAUCUUUAUAUAGGCUGCAGUCAUUGGCUUAGCAUAAAGACUGGAAACAGGAAGGACUGGCUCUGUAGAAAGAUAACAAAAUCUUCAUACUAGUACUUCUUAAGUUUGCCAGGUAAAUAAUUAGCAUCUUGUUUAAUCCAAAAGUGUAAGAACACCAAGUUGUGGUGUUAACUGGUGUAAUUUGGUGUCAAAUUAAAGUUAGCAGGAUUCAGGAAACUUGAGAGGGUGUUCAAUAUUAGCCAUCACCACAGAAUGACCUUCCCUAAAAGCCCUUUGUUCAUUGUACUAUACCUUAGUCGACACUAUCUUCAGAGUUGUGAACUGUGACUGAAGAUGGAGGCUUUUUUCUUUGGACAGUAUUUGUUUAGAUGGCCAGACAUUGAAUUGUGUGUACAGUAAACCUAACUGAAGGUAAACAUGUCAUGAUAUUGCACUUGAGAGUAAUAAAGUAGUCAUGCAGAUGGGGGUAUGGUAUUAAAAAAGCCCUGGUAAUGUAGCUCAUGGUGACAAGACCGACAGUGCACCAGGACUGAAUUGUACAGAUCUGAGAAAUACUGAAUGUUCCUUGUAUACUAAUACAUAUACUGUACUAUACUUAAUGUGAAUUUGCAAAAUUCCUACAUCAGACAAGCAGUAAAACCAAUAAUAAAGCUCUUAA